GAGGUUUGAGAACCCUCACUCAACCUUCCCUUCUCGCGAGCUUCAUCAGAGAGUGAAAGACAAGUGUUCCAAUACGUUGUUCCGAGUUGUAGUCCAAUCACUGUUGUUCACGAUUGAAUCGACCGUGUGAGCCAGGCUUGAGCUCACGAUUUCACAAUCACUCUCGAUCAGUUUCACCUGUUUUCCCGAUUCUUUUAUCUCCCGUUUCCAUGAUGAGAGAGGGUGGUGGACCACUGAACUUCCCGUUGCUGAACGGAGGUAUUGCAUCGUCGUCGCCGCCGAGGCUUGAGAUCAGCAGAGCUCUCUGUGAGGUCAGAAACGGUGGAGAUCGGAUCCUGAGCAUAGACUCCCUGAUCGUGUCCCGGAGAGCGCAGAGCCGGAAACGACUUCCGGUCGGUACAAACGUAUGGUGUGAUUCCAGGCUGGCUGAUGACCUUAUACACCAUCGCCAAUUUGUUUUAGUCGAACUUCUUCGUUCCAGCCACUGGGCACGUCGUUGCUACCUAUCCACGAGUCGGAGAUCACGACGGGAGCCAGCGAGGGCAUUUGGAGGUUAGUGUGCAGAGUUGAUGGUGAGAAAGUUCCCAUUGCGCUGACCUCAGCAACCGCUCAGGUCAUCGUUACAGUCACGCUGGAAAGGAGGACUUAGCUGUUUGAUGAUACUCGUCGAUGAAACUGAAAUCAAUGCAAAAUAGAAAUAUUCGAUUACUUCAGUGAGACAGAUAUCGAUCAGCAAAUGUUUGAAACAAGACAGCCAACUUCCAUGUACUGGGUAGUCGGGAUGCACUUCUCGUACCUGGUAUACACCAGCUGCUGGUGGCUAUUCAUCGACUGAAAGUUCUUCGGAAGACGAAGACAGAAGCCAAGACGGGAGCCAGCUAACGGACUCGGGGGAUGGUGGGCAAGGAACUUUCCAAUCGCACUGGUUGCUCAGGUCAACGACGUGGUCACACGGAAAGGAUGAGGUAGCUGUUUUUGGAUGCGUUUCCACUACUCUGAUGAUCCUGGACGAAGAGAUUCCUAUGAGUACAAGAACUGCAGAGGUCAAGAAAAUAUCUAAGUACUUCAGUAGAAAGAGAGUAUGGAUUCGCAUAUGUUAGAAACAAGACAGCCAGUGUCCAUGUACUGCAGAAGACGAAAACUGAGGAGAAGACAGGCACCAGUGGUCGGACUUGGAGAAUUGGUGGACAAGGUUGAUUUCGGAGACUUUCCAAUGGCACUGGUUGCUCAGGCCAGCGAAAUGAUAAUCCGGAAAGGAAGACAUCGCUGUUUGUGGAUGGGUUUCCACUGCUCUUGUGAUCGUGGACGAGGAGAUUUCUAUGAGUACAAGAAAUGCAGAGGUCAAGGAUAUAUCUGAGUACUUCAGUGGGGAGAGAGUAUGGAUUCGCAUAUUUCAGAAUCAAGACAGCCAACGUCCAUGUACUGGGUCGUUGGGAUGUCUACCAAUGGCUGGUUCAGACCAUCCUCUGGUAGCUAUCCAUUGACUCAAAAAUCUGCGCAAGAGAAAGAAAAGAAAAAAAGAAGACAAGACGGGAUCCUGAUAGGAUGGUGGAGAAGGUUGAUUUUCAGAACUUUCCAAUCACAGUGGUUGCUCCGGUCAACAACAUGGCUCGUUGAAGGCCAGCCCGUCUCCUGAGUUAA